AUUUAUACGCAAGUUGCUAGUUUUUACUGUGUACAUAAAUCCACCCGCACAAAUGAUUCCUUCAUAUUGUGAUGCCUAUGAGCUAUUUCCGUUCAUUUACCAAAUUAUAAUAAUCCCACGGGCUAUACUGGCUGGAACAGACGAUGCAACCAUGCCAGGGAGGCCAAAACAGAGCAGCCAAAACAGGAGCAGCGAGACCCCGUACUACGAGUA